AUGCAGUUAGCAUUAAACAACCUUGCUGCCAGGAGAAGACGAGUUUUAAAUUUGGCUUGCCUUCUUUUAUUGCUUAUUUCCCAAAGGAACAUCACAGUUCCUCGUCCAGUUCGUUUGUGUCGUCGACUGAAAAGAAAUUCUGGCUGGUGGGAAAAUGUUUGCAACAACUAUUCAGACGCAAGGUUCAAGAAAACCUUCAGAGUAUCCCGAGGAACAUUUAAUCUCAUCCUACAGCGUAUUGAACCCUUCCUUAUUCGGCAAACUGUGACGGAAGAACCGAUACCACCAGUGCUGAGGCUUGCUAUUUGUCUGUAUAGACUAGGCAGAGGAGAUUAUUUCUAUACCAUCGCCGAAAUGUCUGGACUAGGCGUCUCCACAGUUUCCUCAAUCUGUCAGGAAGUAUGUCAAGUCUUGGUGGACCAUUUAUGGAACGAGAAUGUGUCAAAUCACAUGCCCCAAACUGAAGAAGAGUUUAAACAAAAAAUUCUCGACAUGGAAGAACUCUGGCAAUUUCCAUGCUGUUGGUCAGCUUUGGAUGGUUGCCAUAUUCCAAUCAAAUGCCCGCCAGGAGGCCUUCAGUCAUGCAAAGAGUAUCAUAACUUUAAAAUUUUCUAUUCCAUUGUACUGAUGGCAAUGGUAGAUUCGCAUUACCGAUUUGUGUGGGGCAGCUGCGGGUUUCCAGGAAAUUCUCAUGACGCAGUUAUUUUUAGAUCCACUGACAUUUGGACCCGUAUAGAAGAAGGCCUCAUUCCAGUAAUUGGAAAAACUGUACAUGGUUAA